UAUCGUAAAAGUAAAAUAGAAGCGGGUUACUUCGGCACUUUGAACAGCUUCCUUGAUAUAUAGCACUAAGCGUUAAAUAGUUAUCGAAAUGAAAUUGCUUAAAUAUAUCGCGGUUGGUUGCCUAACCAUUUUCAUUCUAAUCAUAAUGAAUGAUGCUGCUUCGUUUAUACCGGAAAGUACGAGGAAAAAUUUAAAGAAAUUAAGCAAACUGUGCAUGACUAAAACCAACACAUCAAUUGAGCUGAUAAGGGCAAGUAAGGAAAGAACUCUGCCUCGAGAUCCCAACUACGCUUGCUAUUGGGCCUGUUGGUUCAACACAAUCGGAAUUAUGAAUGAAGACAAUGUCAUCCAUUUGGAACAUUUGUACAAGGUGAUGCCCAACGAAACACAUUCGAUAAUAGAAUUAUUAAUAAAUGAAUGUGGUACACAGGAUGGUCCUGAAAAAUGUCAAAUUGCUUUGAAUACUAUGCAGUGCUAUGUAAACACAAUUCCCACAUUGUUAUCGGUACAUUAUGCCUUUCUAUAUGAGUAGGAGGAUAACCAUUACUCACUUGUGCAAAGUGUUAUUUUCCAUGCGCAGCAGUAGCAGACAUCUCAAGCAACGCAAAGAUUCGAUUUGAACUUUGAUAAGAUUAGUCUAAAUUAGAAAAAUAAAAACAAUUAAAAGAUUGUAAUGUACUGCAAUAAA